ACCAAAGCGCGCCGGAAAUGCGGGGUCAACUGCGCGCCGCUGGCGCUGAGGGAAGGAAGUUUGCUGUAGAGCGGCCUGGGUUCCGUGGGCAAGGCCGUGGGAGGCAGCGUUGGCUGCUUCGACACACUGAGGGCGGCGCGAUGGGAGACGAGAUGGAUACCAUGAUUCCCGAGCGGGAGAUGAAGGAUUUUCAGUUUAGAGCGCUAAAGAAGGUGAGAAUCUUUGACUCCCCUGAGGAAUUGCCCAAGGAACGCUCGAGUCUGCUUGCUGUGUCCAACAAAUAUGGUCUGGUCUUUGCUGGUGGAGCCAGUGGCUUGCAGAUUUUUCCUACUAAAAAUCUUCUUAUUCAAAAUAAACCUGGAGAUGAUCCCAAUAAAAUAGUUGAUAAGGUCCAAGGCUUGCUAGUUCCUAUGAAAUUCCCAGUCCAUCACCUGGCCUUGAGCUGUGAUAACCUCACUCUGUCUGUGUGCAUGAUGUCCGGUGAAUAUGGUUCCAUUAUUGCUUUUUUUGAUGUUCGCACAUUCUCAAAUGAGGCUAAACAGCAAAAACGCCCAUUUGCCUAUCAUAAGCUUUUGAAAGAUGCAGGAGGCAUGGUGAUUGAUAUGAAGUGGAACCCCACUGUCCCUUCCAUGGUGGCAGUUUGUCUGGCUGAUGGUAGUAUUGCUGUCCUGCAAGUCACGGAAACAGUGAAAGUAUGUGCAACUCUUCCUUCCACGGUAGCAGUAACCUCUGUGUGCUGGAGCCCCAAAGGAAAGCAGCUGGCAGUGGGAAAACAGAAUGGAACUGUGGUCCAGUAUCUUCCUACUUUGCAGGAAAAAAAAGUCAUUCCUUGUCCUCCGUUUUAUGAGUCAGAUCAUCCUGUCAGAGUUCUGGAUGUGCUGUGGAUCGGUACCUACGUCUUCACAAUAGUGUAUGCUGCUGCAGAUGGGACUCUGGAAACGUCUCCAGAUGUGGUGAUGGCUCUGCUACCGAAAAAAGAAGAAAAGCACCCUGAGAUAUUUGUGAACUUUAUGGAGCCCUGUUAUGGCAGCUGCACGGAGAGACAGCAUCAUUACUACCUCAGUUACAUUGAGGAAUGGGAUUUAGUGCUGGCAGCAUCUGCGGCUUCAACAGAAGUUAGUAUCCUUGCUCGACAAAGUGAUCAGAUUAAUUGGGAAUCUUGGCUGCUGGAAGAUUCUAGUCGAGCUGAAUUGCCUGUGACAGACAAGAGUGAUGACUCCUUGCCCAUGGGAGUUGCCGUAGACUAUACGAACCAAGUGGAAAUCACUGUCAGUGAUGAAAAGACUCUUCCUCCUGCUCCAGUUCUCAUGUUACUUUCAACAGAUGGUGUGCUUUGUCCAUUUUAUAUGAUUAAUCAAAAUCCUGGGGUUAAGUCUCUCAUCAAAACACCGGAACGACUUUCACUAGAAGGAGAGCGACAGCCUAAGUCACCAGGAAGUACUCCCACUACCCCGACCUCCUCUCAAGCCCCGCAGAAACUGGAUGCUUCUGCAGCUGCAGCCCCUGCCUCUCUGCCACCUUCAUCACCUGCUGCUCCCAUUGCCACUUUUUCUUUGCUUCCUGCUGGUGGAGCCCCCACUGUGUUCUCCUUUGGUUCUUCAUCUUUGAAGUCAUCUGCUACGGUCACUGGGGAGCCCCCUUCAUAUUCCAGUGGCUCCGACAGCUCCAAAGCAGCCCCGGGCCCUGGCCCAUCAACCUUCUCUUUUGUUCCCCCUUCUAAAGCCUCCCUAGCCCCCACCCCUGCAGCGUCUCCCGUAGCUCCAUCAGCUGCUUCAUUCUCCUUUGGAUCAUCUGGUUUUAAGCCUACCCUGGAAAGCACACCAGUGCCAAGUGUGUCUGCUCCAAAUAUAGCAAUGAAGCCCUCCUUCCCACCCUCAACCUCUGCUGUCAAAGUCAACCUUAGUGAAAAGUUUACUGCCGCGGCUACCUCUACUCCUGUUAGUAGCUCCCAGAGUGCACCCUCGAUGCCGCCAUUCUCUUCUGCCUCCAAGCCAGCUGCUUCUGGACCGCUCAGCCACCCCACUCCUCUCUCAGCAUCACCUAGUUCCGUGCCAUUGAAGUCCUCAGUCUUGCCCUCACCAUCAGCAGGACGAUCUGCUCAGGGCAAUCCAAGCCCAAUGCCCUCAAUGGUACAGAAAUCACCCAGGAUAACUCCUCCAGCGACAAAGCCAGGCUCUCCCCAGGCAAAGUCACUUCAGCCUGGUGUUGCAGAAAAGCAGGGACAUCAGUGGAAAGAUUCAGAUCCUGUAAUGGCUGGAAUUGGGGAGGAGAUUGCACACUUUCAGAAGGAGUUGGAAGAGUUAAAAGCCCGAACUUCCAAAGCCUGUUUCCAAGUGGGCACUUCUGAGGAGAUGAAGAUGCUGCGAACAGAAUCAGAUGACUUGCAUACCUUUCUUUUGGAGAUCAAAGAGACCACAGAGUCGCUUCAUGGAGAUAUAAGUAGCCUGAAAACAACUUUACUUGAGGGCUUUGCUGGUGUUGAGGAAGCCAGAGAACAAAAUGAAAGAAAUCGUGACUCUGGUUAUCUGCAUUUGCUUUAUAAAAGACCACUGGAUCCCAAGAGUGAAGCUCAGCUUCAGGAAAUUCGGCGCCUUCAUCAGUAUGUGAAAUUUGCUGUCCAAGAUGUGAAUGAUGUUCUAGACUUGGAGUGGGAUCGGCAUCUGGAACAAAAGAAAAAACAAAGGCACCUGCUUGUGCCAGAGCGAGAGACACUGUUUAACACCCUAGCCAACAACCGGGAAAUCAUCAACCAACAGAGGAAGAGGCUGAAUCACCUGGUGGACAGUCUUCAGCAGCUCCGCCUUUACAACCAGACUUCCCCGUGGAGCCUGCCCUCGGCUGUUCCUUCCCAGAGCAGCAUUCACAGUUUUGACAGUGACCUUGAAAGCCUGCGCAAUGCUUUGUUGAAAACCACCAUAGAAUCUCACACCAAAUCCUUGCCCAAAGUACCAGCCAAACUGUCCCCCAUGAAACAGGCACAACUGAGAAACUUCUUGGCCAAGAGGAAGACCCCACCAGUGAGAUCCACUGCUCCAGCCAGCCUGUCUCGAUCAGCCUUUCUGUCUCAGAGAUAUUAUGAAGACUUGGAUGAAGUCAGCUCAACGUCAUCUGUCUCCCAGUCUCUGGAGAGUGAAGAUGCACGGACGUCCUGUAAAGAUGAGGAGGCAGUGGUUCAGGCCCCUCGGCACGCCCCCGUGGUUCGAACUCCUUCCAUCCAGCCCAGUCUCUUGCCCCAUGCAGCACCUUUUGCUAAAUCUCACCUGGUUCAUGGUUCUUCACCUAGUGUGAUGGGAACUUCAGUGGCUACAUCUGCUAGCAAAAUUAUUCCUCAAGGGGCCGAUAGCACAAUGCUUGCCACGAAAACCGUGAAACAUGGUGCACCUAGUCCUUCCCACCCCAUCUCAGCCCCGCAAGCAGCUGCCGCAGCAGCACUCAGGCGGCAGAUGGCCAGUCAGGCACCAGCUGUAAACACUUUGACUGAAUCAACAUUGAAGAAUGUCCCUCAAGUGGUAAAUGUGCAGGAAUUGAAGAAUAACCCUGCAACCGCUUCUGCAGCCAUGGGUUCUUCAGUGCCCUACUCCACAGCCAAAACACCUCACCCAGUGUUGACCCCAGUGGCCGCUAACCAAGCCAAGCAGGGGUCUCUAAUAAAUUCCCUUAAGCCAUCUGGGCCUACACCAGCAUCCGGUCAGUUAUCAUCUGGUGACAAAGCUUCAGGGACAGCCAAGAUAGAAACAGCUGUGACUUCAACCCCAUCUGCUUCUGGGCAGUUCAGCAAGCCUUUCUCAUUUUCUCCAUCAGGGACUGGCUUUAAUUUUGGGAUAAUCACACCAACACCGUCUUCUAAUUUCACUGCUGCACAAGGGGCAACACCCUCCACUAAAGAGUCAAGCCAGCCGGACGCAUUCUCAUUUGGUGGGGGAAGCAAACCUUCUUAUGAGGCCGUUCCUGAAAGCUCACCUCCCUCAGGAAUCACAUCCGCAUCAAACACCACCCCAGGAGAACCUGCCGCAUCUAGCAGCAGACCUGUGGCACCUUCUGGAACUGCUCUUUCCACCACCUCUAGUAAGCUGGAAACCCCACCGUCCAAGCUGGGAGAGCUUCUGUUUCCAAGUUCUUUGGCUGGAGAGACUCUGGGAAGUUUUUCAGGACUGCGGGUUGGCCAAGCAGAUGAUUCUACAAAGCCAACCAAUAAGGCUUCAUCCACAAGCCUAACUAGUACCCAGCCAACCAAGACGUCAGGCGUGCCCUCAGGGUUUAAUUUUACUGCCCCCCCAGUGUUAGGGAAGCACACGGAGCCCCCUGUGACCUCUGCAACCACCUCAGUAGCACCACCAGCAGCCACCAGCACUUCCUCAACUGGCAUUUUUGGCAGUCUGCCAGUCACCAGUGCAGGAUCCUCUGGAGUCAUCAGUUUUGGUGGGACAUCUCUAAGUGGUGGCAAGACUAGUUUUUCAUUUGGAAGCCAACAGAACAAUAGCACAGUGCCCCCAUCUGCCGCACCGCCAACUACAGCUGCCACUCCCCUUCCAACAUCAUUCCCCACAUUGUCAUUCGGUAGCCUCCUGAGUUCAGCAACUACUCCCUCCCUGCCUGUGUCCUCCGGCAGAAGCACAGAAGAGGCCACUUCAUCAGCUUUGCCUGAGAAGCCAGGUGACAGUGAGGUCUCAGCAUCAGCAGCCUCACUUCUAGAGGAGCAACAGUCAGCCCAGCUUCCCCAGGCUCCUCCUCAAACUUCUGACUCUGUUAAAAAAGAACCUGUUCUUGCCCAGCCUGCAGUCAGCAAUUCUGGCACUGCAGCAUCUAGUACUAGUCUUGUAGCACUUUCUGCAGAGGCUACCCCAGCCACCACCAGGGUCCCUGAUGCCAGGACGGAGGCAGUACCACCUGCUUCCUCCUUUUCUGUGCUUGGGCAGACAGCUGUCACAGCGGUUGCUAUCUCAAGUGCAGGCCCUGUGGCCGUCGAAACAUCAAGUGCCCCCAUAGCCUCCAGCACCACGUCCAUUGUUGCUCCCGGCCCAUCUGCAGAGGCAGCAGCAUUUGGUACCGUCACUUCUGGCUCAUCAGUCUUUGCUCAGCCCCCUGCUGCCAGUUCUAGCUCAGCUUUCAACCAGCUCACCAACAACACAGCCACUGCCCCCUCUGCGACGCCCGUGUUUGGGCAAGUGGCAGCCAGCACUGCACCAAGCCUGUUUGGGCAGCAGACUGGUAGCACAGCCAGCACAGCAGCAGCCACACCACAGGUCAGCAGCUCAGGGUUUAGCAGCCCACCUUUUGGCACCACAACCCCAGGGGUCUUUGGACAGACAACCUUCGGGCAGGCCUCAGUCUUUGGGCAGUCGGCGAGCAGUGCCGCAAGUGGCUUUUCCUUCAAUCAGCCUGGGUUCAGUUCCGUGCCUGCCUUCGGUCAGCCUACUUCCUCCACUCCCACAUCCACCAGUGGAAGUGUCUUUGGUGCUGCCUCAAGUACCAGUAGCUCCAGUUCCUUCUCAUUUGGACAGUCUUCUGCCAACACAGGAGGGGGGCUGUUUGGCCAAAGCAACGCUCCUGCUUUUGGGCAGAGUCCUGGCUUUGGACAGGGAGGCUCUGUAUUUGGUGGUACCUCAGCUGCCACCACAACAGCGGCAUCCUCUGGGUUCAGCUUUUGUCAAGCUUCAGGUUUUGGGUCUAGUAAUACUGGUUCUGUGUUUGGUCAAGCAGCCAGUACUGGUGGAACAGUCUUUGGCCAGUAUCUGUGGUCUCAGCUGGAAGAAGGGAAGACUGGAGGCGGGAGUCAUCUGAAGGCUCGCUCUGAUGGCAGUGGUUGGCUUGGCUGUUGGCUCAGACCUUAGCUGGAGCUGUUAGCUGAACACCUACAUUUGGCCUGUGUAGCCUGGGCUUCCUCACAACAUGGUGGCUAGGUUCCAAGGAGGAACAUCCCAAGAAAGAGGAAGAGCCAUGCUGAAGCUGUAUAACCUUUUAAGACCUAUCCUCAGAAGUCACAGAACAUCACUUAGGCAGCAUCCUCUUCAUCAAGGCACUAACAGAGUCCCAUCCAGGUUCAAGAGGAGAUAUAGAGGCCACCUCUUGCUCUAGAAGAGCAUAUGUGACUAGAAGUAUUGCUGCGAUCAUCUUUGGAAAAUAUCUGUCAUAAUGGGACCAUUGAAGAGUGGCAGAAAGCCUUGUUGAACUGAUUUUCAGAGAGUGGAGCCCAUCAUAAGUGUUGAGUCCUGUGGCACAGCAGCUGCUAGGGGCACAUGCCAGGUCUGGGUUUGAGCAGGUAGUAGAGAGGCCUUGCCAAAGACAGAAAAUGUACUGGCUGGAGAAGGAGCUGUUGGCAGUGAUGGGGGCAAGCAAAAUAAAUGACCAGUAAUUACAUGAAAAGGUGAUCAAGUAGCAUUAAACUAAUGAGGGAAAUGAAAAUCAAAACCACAAUUAGAUAAGAUACCACUUCACACCCACUAGGAUGGCUAUCAUUUAAAAAGUAAAAAAUAAAAAUAACCAGUGUUAGCAAUGAUACAGAGAUAUUAGAACCCUCAUACAUUGUUGGUGGGAAUGCAAAAUUGUGCAGCUACUAUAGUUUGGUGGUUUCUCAAAAAGCUAAAUAUAGUACUUCUACCAUAUGACCCAGCAGUUCUGCUCUAGGGUAGAAUACCCAAAGGAAUUGAAAAAAAGGGAUUUGAACAAAUACUUGUACAUCAAUGUUCAUUGCAGCAUUAUUCACAGUAGCCAAAAGGUGGAAACAACUCAAGUGUCAAACAGCAGAUGAAUGGAUAAACAAAAUGUGGUAUAUACAUUCCAUGGGAUAUUUUUCAGCCAUAAAAAGGAGUGAAGUUCUUGGCUGGGCGCAGUGGCUCACGCCUGUAAUCCCAGCACUUUGGGAGGCUGAGGCGGGUGGAUCACGAGGUCAGGAGAUCGAGACCAUCCUCGCUAACACAGUGAAACCCUGUCUCUAUUAAAAAUACAAAAAAUUAGCCAGGAGUAGUGGCGGGCGCCUUUAGUCCCAGCUACUCAGGAGGCUGAGGCAGGAGAAUGGCGUGUAUCCAGGAGGCGGAGCUUGCAGUGAGCUGAGAUGGUGCCACUGCACUCCAGCCUGGGCGACAGGGUGAGACUCCGUCUCAGAACAAAACAAAACAAAAACAAAAGGAAUGAAGUUCUCGGCUGGGCACGGUGGCUCACGCCUGUAAUCCCAGCACUUUGGGAGGCUGAGGCAGGCAGAUCAUGAGUCAAGAGAUGGAGACCAUCCUGGCCUACAUGGUGACACCCCGUCUCUACUAAAAACAAAAAUUAGCUGGGCAUGGUGACGCGUGCCGGUAGUCCCAGCUACUUGGGAGGCUGAGGCAGGAGAAUCGCUUGAACCCAGGAGGCAGAGGUUGCAGUGAGCUGAGAUCACACCACUGCACUCCAGCCUGGGUGACAGAGUGAGACUCCAUCUCAAAAAAAUAAAUAAUAAAAAGGAGUGAAGUUCUCAUUCAUGCUACAUAUAGAUAAACUUUGAAAACCAUAUGCUAAGGCUGGGCGCAGUGGCACACACACCUGUGAUCCCAGCACUUUGGGAGGCCGGGAUGGGCAGAUUGCUUGAGCUCAGGAGUUUGAGACUAGCCUGGGCAACAUGGCAAAACUGCAUCUCUACAAAAAAAAGACCCACAAGUUAGCUGGGCAUGGCAGUGCAUGCCUGUAGUCCCAACUACUAAGGAGGCUGAGGUGGGAGCCCUGGAGGUCAAGGCUGCUGCAGUGAGCUGUGUUCACAUCACUGCACUCUGGCCUGGAUGACAAAGUGAGAACUCUGUCUCAGUCAGUCAAAUUUAUUUAUUUAUUUAUUUAGAGACAGAGUCUUGCUCUGUUGCCCAGGCUGGAGUGCAGUGGCGCAGUCUCAGCUCACUGCAACCUCCGCCUCCCAGGUUCAAUCAAUUCUCCCACCUCAGCCUCUCAAGUAGUAGCUGCGAUUACAGGUGUUCACUGUCACACCUGGCUAAUUUUUGUAUUUUUAGUAGAGCUGGAGUUUCACCAUGUUGGCCAGGCUGGUCUCGAACUCCUGACCUCAGGUGAUCUGCCUGCCUUGGCCUCCCAAAGUGCUGGGAUUACAGGCGUGAGCCACCACACCUGGCCUCAGUCAGAUUUAAAAAUUAAAAACUCAGAUUGGGAUCUGAAAGACUUGUAAGUGCAACAAUAAUUUAUUCAGCAUACGUAUCCUCCAGCUCUCCCCCGCCAAUCCUCCCCAACUUUGCAAAGAAAAAGGAACUAAAGGCAGCACUAAAAAGUAGAAAGAACUCACAGGGUCUUACAUUCUCCUGUUUUCUGGAACUCUUGUUUGAAAGGUGAUACUUCCUCCUGUCUCCCACCUCAGAUACUUAUAGACCAAUAACCUAAAACCUAAGCGGAGACAGUGUUGGGCUAACCAGAGGUGAGCUCAGUCUUCUUAAAUCUGUGUCUCUGUUCCAGAUCAUCCCUUAGUGAAAUCUGAAUAAUUAUUUCCUCACUUUAAUCAGACGAAAGGGAGCUCUCACUCUCCAGGAAAAGCAUUAAUGUUCUUCAGUCACCACUGUUCUUCCAUAAUACAAACAUACAGAGCAACCAAAAAAGAGAGUGACACCCACAAUUAAAUGUUUAAAAUCAGCAAAAAUCAACCUAUAGAUGAUUCCGAUGUUGGAACUGGAGACAGACUUUAACUGUCUUGUUCAAGGGCUUAUAGGAAAAUAAUUGAAACAGCGAUUGAAUAAGGAAUCUCAGCAGAGAAAUGGAAGCUUAAAAAAACAAAUAGAAAGGCCGGGCACAGUGGCUCACGCCUGUAACGCCAGCACUUUGGGAGGCCAAGGCAGGCGGAUCAUGAGGUCAGGAGUUCAAGACCAGCCUGGCCAACACAGUGAAACCCCAUCUCUACUAAAAAUGCCAAAAUUAGCUGGCAUGGUGGCACACCUCUGUAGUCCCAGCUACUCGGGAGGUUGAGGCAGGAGAACUACUUGAACCCAGGAGGCAGAGGUUGUGGUGAGCCGAGAUCACGCCACUGCACUCCAGUCUGGGAAACAGAGCGAGACUCCAUCUCAAAAAAAAAAAAAGAAAAAAAAAACGGAAGUCUUUAUCUGUAUUUGAAGUUUAAAUCUAGUACGUGAAAUAAAAAACAAAAUAGGCUUAACAGCAGAGUGAAUACUACAAAAGAACAGUGAACUCGAAGACAUAUCAAUAGAAAUUAUCUAAAAUGAAGGUCAGAGAGAUGGGAAAAAAAUGGAUAGAGCAUUUCUGCGAUCUGUGCAACAAUAUCAGGCAGUCUGACAUGUGUAAUCAGAGUCCUAGAAGGGUAGGAGACAGAAUGGGUAGGAUAAAUUCACAAAAGAAGUGCAAAACUUAUACAAUGAAUACUAUAAAACAUUGUUGAAAUUAAUGACAACCUAAAUAAAUGAAAAUACAUCCCAUAUUCAUGGAUCAGAAGACUCAACAUUUUGUUAAGAUGGAAUACUUAGCUAGUAAAUUGUAGAACCAGGACUGAAACCAAGGUCUGUUCAAAUUAAUUUAAUCAUUCAUAUAGGAAUUCAUGGUGAGUAGGACAGGCAAAGGUGGCUGUGUUCAUGGAGCCUCCAUUAGAUGGAGGGAGUCAUUCUUUAAUAAAACAGUGUAAUCUCAGAUAGUGUUAAAUACUGUGAAAUAAAGCAUGAUGUGAUAAUAAUUGGGGAAGAUGGUUUAGGUUAGAUGGUCAGGAAAUGCCUCUCUGAAAAAGUCUCAUAAAUGUCUCUUUUUCUUUUUACAUUUUGUUUUCUUGAAUUAGGACCAAAUAAAGGCCACACAUUGAGAUUGCUU